ACCACAAUUAGUUCCUACUUAUACUACUUAUGGUGGUCCGUCCAAGCUAUCUGGUUCUAGUUUACAUCUCAAUAACCCUGGAAAUUUAGUUGUCCCGUUAGCAUCACAAGGUGUUGUCAAUGAAAGAAAUACAUCAAGUGCUGGUCAACAAAAUUUCUGGGGAACUUUACAAAUGGGUUUUAUGCCCGCAAUGAAUUUGCUUAUAAAUACAGUUAAUUCAACGGAAGGUGAUGAGGAAGCUGGAGAUGAUGCAAGCGGACGAAAGAGAUCAUCAUCUUUUAGAAGCAAAGGUGGUAGAUCUCGUAGUGGAAGUGGGCCUGUUGGAUAUGGUUCUGAUGGGUCCAUAGCUGAAUAUUCUCAGAUUCUGUUUUUGCAUAAUGUGCAACUUCACUUUUUAUUUCCAAAUUCAUCAGAAAAAGAAUUUGUGUUGGAUGUAUACAAUUGUGCCUGGAAGAGGGACAAUGUAUUAUUAAAAGGGCGUGCAUAUAUUACUCAAGAUAGUCUUUAUUUUUAUUCUGUAGUAAUGAGCAUAGUUAAUACGUUCUGUGUGUCAUGGAAAGAUAUAACAUCAAUUAUCCAUGAGACUACAAAUACUUUACAUUCUAUUGAAUUUUCGAAUGAAAAUGGAAAUCAAAAGUAUAUCUUGAAGACUUUUACGGAAUCGAGUAAUGAAUUGUAUGACAAAGCAAAUCUAAUUUGGAAACUCGCUACCAGUGAAAAGCCGUCAACGUUGCAAUCGAUGUAUGACGCAGUGUGGAAAGACCACAUACCACUACGUUCUAAAGAAUCUAGGGAAGCUUCGAGUGACAAGGAUAAAGAGUUUCAUAAAGAAGAUUUUUCAAUAGGUAUUGAAACACCGCCAGAAAAAGAUGCCCAAGAUUUAAUUGAUCAUUCUGAUAGUAAAAAAGCAUCAGACACGUUUGAAAUGAAAGAUGAUCAACCGAAAAGUGAUAGUGAUAAAUUGGCUCCAAGUCCUGUUCCGAUUGUUUCUAAACCACAAGAAGAUGAUGACUGGCCUUCACAUAUAACUGAACCAGAUGGACCAGUUGAAUGUAAAUGCACAGAUCAUCUUGAAAAAUUGGAAGCUGAAAUAGAAUAUCCAAUUUCUGCAAAAAAACUAUUUGACAUGCUUUUUGAUGAAAAGAGUACAAUAUGGGAACGGUUGCAUCAAAAGAAAGGAAACACACUGCUGCAUAGUGGACCAUGGGUAAUAGAUAAUAGUGAGGAUGGUGAAAGGAAAAGAGAACUUAAAUUUAUUAUGCCGAUUACUAAUCCUCUUUUAGCUGCCAAUCUUAAAGAAACGGACUGCCUUCAAACACAAAUAUGUCAAAAACCUUUAAAAAUGCCAUACAAUGAUUCAUUUUUGCCAAUGUGCAAGUGUUGCAUAACUUAUGUUUCAAAAACAUCAUGUAAAUUGGCAUGCCACAUUGGAAUCAAAUGGUUCAAGUCACCAAUGGUUAAAAAAAUGAUUCGAAAAGCUGCAAUGGCCGGCUUAGCAGAAACUGUAGCAGAUAUAGUUGAAUUACUUAGUACAGAUGUGGAAAAUGAAGUCGUAUCAUCUGUCUUACCAGGCUCUCCAAUACGAACGUCGCCUGGAGGAUAUUCUUCAACUCUUCGUCGUCGUCCUCAUCAUCGUGUACCCAAAAUUCGUAUAAAACACGCUGCAAAUGAUGAUAAUUCAGUACCUGGUGGUUCAUCAGGAAAAAUGAUUGAAAACAUUUCCACUUCUCUAAAUAAUGGAAGAGGAAAGAUCUUUACGAUUAUUUCACCAGUUGUUGAAAUCUUAUCCUCUUUAUCAUUAAAUGAAGUGUUUGUAACGAUUCUGAUUUUGUCACUAGCAAUGAAUAUUUAUAUAUGGUUCUGUACUGGGCGCUUGAUCGAUUCAACAACAACUCGAUCAGCUCAAUCAACUCAUGGAACACCAGCAGUAUACCUUCGAGAUUUGGAAGAGCAUAUUCUGAAUAAAAGUGCACAUAUAAUAGAUGAAUCAGUUUAUUUUCAUGUUAGUUACAAACAAUUUUUAGACACACGAAUUCAAUAUCCGCCAUAUCCAUGGUUACUCCAUUCACAUCGUCGAUUGUCCGAGGAAAUAAUACAUUCACGGAAAAAAGUAGCAAUGUUACGAUAUGAUCUACUGCUUACGUUCAGACUUAUAAAUUUGAUCGAUAAAAGAUUAUUAGCGAGUGAAUACACUAAUUGGCUUUUGGAUGAAAGAGCCAAGUGCAAUAAAGCGAGAUGGUUGUUGCUUAAAGAUGAUUUAAUUUAUGAAAAUGAGGAUAAUGAGGAUAAUUUAGAGAAAGAUAAUUGUAGUAAUUGUGAUAAUUCGAGCAUUAUCAAUGAACAAACUAAUUAUAAUAGUGCUAACACAACGAUGACUGGUAAAGAAAAAUAUAAUUCAGAGUAUAAAACUAUAUUAAAGUAUUGUGGAGACAUCAAAAAGCAAUUGGACGUGAUGCCUACAGUACUUUAG